AACGACAACGCUACAUUUAUUACGUAUUACAUAAAUGAUUUCGCUCACGCUAUACUAUGCCAAGCUCUACCUCUGGACGAAGGCCCUAAACGAGUCCACGCUUCGUCGAUGAAAACCGAUAAAUAAAAACAACGGCAGGACAUCACGGUCCACGUAUCACGAAUGUCGCGCGGCAGCCGCAGGCGCACAUUUUCGUAACACAAUUUUGAAAAUAGAACGCUAAAUGCAGUUAUUUUUUUCAAAACCGUGAAAUUAAUUUUUAAAAUUAGAACGCUGUCUUAAGGCUGUGAUUAAAAGACAGACAGUGCGAUUUUAAAAAGAUUUUAGUCAUAAUUUAUUUUUUUAAAUGGGUGCAAUGAGGUUUUCUGUGAUUAUAUUUUGUGCAGUCUUGUGCGUGUGCAGCGGGCAGCUGAGAAGGGAGGCGUAUGCGACUGUUCCUCAACUAAUCGCCUCGUCUGGUUACCCCGUCGAGAAGCACAGAGUGACGACUGAAGAUGGCUACAUACUGCAGAUCUUCAGGAUACCAGCCGGGAGACGGUCAGCUAGAAGGUCUGGUCCCAGCGCCAAGGGCAAGAGAGCUGUUAUGAUAGUCCAUGGCCUUAUGGGGAACAGCGGGAAUUUUGUUAUCAUGGGCCCUCAGAACAGUCUAGGAUACAUUUUAGCAGACGCGGGAUAUGACGUAUGGCUCGCGAACUUACGUGGAAACUUUUACACGGCGCACAAGAAUUUGACCCGGAACGACCCAGCCUUUUGGGAGUUCAGCUUCCACGAACAUGGCAAGUACGACGCACCGGCCAUCAUUGACAAGAUUUUGACCAUCACUGGCUUGUCAAAGGUCUUCUACAUCGGCCACUCCAUGGGCACCACAACGUUUUUCACCAUGCUGUCCCAAAGGCCGGAGUACAACGAUAAGCUGGUGGCCUUCGUGGCUAUGGCUCCGGCGGUCUACAUGAGCAAUAUGAAGGCGUUCGUGAAUUUCUUCUUGAAAUCAUUUGAUUUACUUAAUGUGAUGCGUCGUCGAGGCUAUCACGCCCUGUCGAUCCGUCCAGAAGUGCUGGCGAUGUUCGUCGGCAGCUUCUGCACAGCGAGGCAGCCACAAACAGACAUCUGCAUGAGGUUUCUGUACGCCAUCGUUGGUGAAGACUACGACCUGAACCCUUGGGACAUGGUCCCAGUUUUAUUAUCAAGCAUGCACCCCGCGUCGUUUCGACAGGUCGAACAUUUUGCAAAGGUCGCCAUGACAGAUGUAUUCACAUCAUGGGAAGACGGGCUUUACGGUGAGGUGAAACCAUACAAUCUGGACAACGUAAAAGUACCUGUCACCAUACUAUAUGGAGAGAAUGAUCAACUGACAGAAAAAUCUCAAAUUAUGCGACUAGUGGACCAGUUGAACAAAACAGGAGUACUGGAGUCCGUCCAGGCAGGAGGCGGUUGGCCCAAGUUCAACCACUUAGACUUUAUAUUUGCCAAAGACGUCGGUAAAAUGGUGAACAGACCAUUGGUGGAGCAUAUAGGUGAUUUAUACAAUAAAUAUUAUAAUGAAUGAA